GAUGUUAGCUGAGAGACAUAAAGGCGACCAACACGAAUCAAUUACGUAUCCAAGGAGGGUGGUAUAUGGAUCAAAAUCGUCGUCGUACAACCCGAAAGAGAAUCAGGUUGCUUGAGGGAAGACUAGAUAAGCGAACAGCUGAUUUCAACAAGGCCUUGGCGAAGAACAACGAAGUCCGUUUGGAGAUUCAGCUAAUCAGACGUGAUCUGGGUAUUCUAACCAAAUCAUACAAGGUGGUUCUCAAGGAGCAGGGUGACGUCAAGAAUAAGAUGAAUGACGUCAUUGAGAUGUCUACAGCUGCUUAUGAUAGCAGAGAGGAAUGUCUCGUUCGGAUGUCGACGAUUAGGGAACGAAAUGACAAGGAUGAGAUGGCUUACAACAACGAGGUCAAAGAGUUGACCCGAGUCCUGGCUCAUGAUCAAAGGUUAAAGGACUUCAUGAAUCUGAAGACCCAAGAUAGAUCUCAUCUUCUCAGGGCAGCAUCAGAGAGAGCUAAACAGAAACUAGCUAAAAGCAGCAAGACCUGUCUCCACCAGGAGGAAAUCAAGAGCUACGAGGCUGUCUUCGAGCGUCUCAAGCAGUACGCAGGCGAGGCAAACCUCGAUCGACUCGUUCACGAGUUCCUCGCGAAAGAGGGCAUCGCAUUCGCUCUCUUCAACUAUAAGACCGAGCUUGACUGCGAUGUAGAAGAACACACGCUUAGGAACCAGACAUUGAGAACGGAUAUGAAGCUGCUCACUGGUCAGGGUAAAAAGCUGGAAGGAAUGAGAGCCAACAUCAUGAAAGAUUUGGAGGUGAAGGUCGCCAGCACCACUAUGGCUGCUGAUGUGACUCAGAACCGUUACAAGGUAUGUCGCAAAGACCUGGACAACGCCUUCCGUCGCAUCAUCGCUUUCAUCCGUAAACUAGGCUGCGAUGCAUCCAUGGUGACGAACCGACUAGGCUGUGCUGGUUCCAUCAGCGAUAGGAACGCGAUGACGUAUCUCGGAUUGGCCGAGUUCAUGUGUAACGAUAUCCUGCUUGUUGAGGCUUUCCAUCAGCAUCGACAACAAAAGAAAAAUAAUUUCACAAAGAAACUGGCAGCGGCUCAGCAAGGGAGUGUCAUCACCGCCAAACUACGCCCAAAGUCUCCAAAAGCUGUGUCCAUCGUUCCACCCUACAUCGGAGAGGAUGGAGAAAUACCAGCCGAUCUUGAGCGAAUAGCAAGCAGUGGCCUGGAUGAAUUGCAGCCUCUCACACCAGACGAUAUCAGAUCAGAGGUCGUGCGAACCGUCGAGCGACGUGAGGCCAAGACGAGGAAUUCAUCAAAGAAAGACUGGAGAUGGCAGGCUAAGAGUGCGGACCCUGGAUCUCCCGAUGGUGUGAAAGAUGAGAUUCAUCCCGGCUCGGGUGAUCUUAUGAUUAACCAUUCAGUAUCUUCAGAAAGGGGGUUUUCCUCCACCAAUUAAUUAUAACUGAUAUAACAUCAAUCAAACUAGAUCUUUAUCUAUUUCAAACAAGCACAAAUUAACAACGUUGAACAAUAAGGAAUACAUUAUUACAAAAGCAGACCUUUCACGAUACAAAUCACAAAGUUGAAAAAAUGAUUACUAUAUCACCAUGAAGAGUUAAAUGAUAAGAUGUUGUCAUAACGAAUGAUGGCGAAGAAGUUUAUCAGGGAUAUGACAUGAAUUUGUAUUGAAAAGAGUCUAAGUCAAGUAAAUAAUACAUAACAAUUUGGAUAAAUAUGUAACUAUAUCAUGAUAUGGAAUAGAGAUUAUGUAGAGACGUUUAUCUCCAAGAAGCAGUUAAUUAUUUAAAGAAAAAGUGAAAAUACUGUUUUGACACUAAAUUAUACUAAGCAACUUCUUUAGAAAGCAUACUGAAUUUCAAAGAAAUAAAGGCAAAAGAAUAAAAAGGGAUUUCGGAUUUAAAGAAAUACCCUAAUUAAAGUGAGGAAGGGGAUAGAGACAAAACCAUACAGCGACUGAGAUUCCAAUAUUAGGAUGGUAUCACUUGACUGAAGCAAGAGCGUAGAUUGCAUUAAUUGUAUUCAGGAAUAA